AUGAGCUCCAAAGAGCCAUCUCCAUUUCUCACUGUUUCGGCGCCACCAAAUAAUUCGGGUUUGCUGCGUGUCGACACGUCACCCUCUGGGUUGACAACCAUCGAGCUCGAUACGCCAACAAAGUCCUCUGCAGGUAGCAGUCGGGCGCUCUCCCUCGCCAUACCUUCCCUGCGUAGUUCUAUUGGAUCGAAAGAUUCUCCUUCACCCUUCUCUCCCGUACAACAGGUUGAGAGCCGAAAUGUCAAUGCGCCACUCUCACGAUUGCGAGUCGAAUACCGCAAGCUCCUUCGGCAUGUUCUCCAACGGUUGCAGGACCGUGCGAAACCUCCAGACAUAUUCUCAUUUCUCCAGACUUCGUCCUCCAAUGUUCCUCGGAGUCAGAGCGAGACUUCUAGUCUACGCGGGUUCGUGAGCGUCGCAUCAGGGUUAGGUGGCGAAGGCGUUCCGUAUGCCAGCGAGGAUGAGGAGGCAGCAUCUAAACCUGGAAAGCGACGAGAGGAUACGGACGACACAUGCGACCGUAUGAUUGAGCUAAGAGAGGUACUGCUUGGGGCAGAAUUGAGAGGACUUCAUAUUCUCAGUUCCGGGACGACUGACGAAGACCCAGGAUCUGGUAAUCGCACCUCUGGUCUCCCCUUCGGGCGCCGUCGCCGUAGUACAAUCGGGAACUCCAAUCGACCCUCCGCCGGUUCAGUCAACAAAGGCAAAUCCGAUGACGGCCUUCAGCUAUUCCACCAAUGCGUGUCCCUUCUUGGCGAGCUCAUCUCCAACGACUGUCGGUUCACCGUGACCCACUUUCGACCCGGCCGGCCACCUAACACCCUUCAGUCUCUGUGCAUCGACGUCUGUCAGUGUUUGCUCGUGUCCCAGAAAGGCGCUGCCAGUGCCAAGGGCGCGUACGAGGUCGGCUUAGCAAUGAUGCCCGCGUUUGAAAGCUUCCCAGAGUCCAUGCGUGGCAGACUGUGCGGAUUCUUCGAAGGUGUGAUUUGUGGCUGCUUGAGCGAUCUGAAACUGGUCCUCAGCCCCAAGAAGAAGCCUGUCAUCGGGGAUCCGUUCGAGGAUAGACCAACCUUCACCUUCAACACCCCGCAGAUCUCGAUCCAAGUAGAGUCGGCCAAUGAAAGUGAUGGAGAAUCCCGUGGGCCGGGAGGGAUUCUCCUCUGGUCGACAGCCACAACGGCGGAGAAAAAUGUUGUCAGUACGUAUGCGCCUGAUCAGCCGAUGCGUGUUUAUUACCUCUCUGCUCUCAUCUCACCACUUCUGGCGUCCGUCUUGGAAAAUAUGGACAUGACCCUCCCUACGUCGGACAACGAGGGGUAUUGGGUUCGUCGACUCUUCCGAACAUUGGUCGAUCUCAAACCAGACGUGUACCAAGAUGUUUUCGAGAUAGUGGCAUACAAUAGUGGCCAAGCGCGUCGUGCUGCUCUCUCCGUAUUAGCAACUUUCUGGCCCAAGGCCCUGGGGCAUAACGUCGUAUGUCUUCCUCUGCCAGUCUGGCAGCCCGCCCAAGAUCAAUCCAGCCGACUUCUGCGAGGCAUCCAAGAACCCUCCGACCACCCUUACGCGCACGAGUUCCUCCCCUGGCGUUUCCCUCCUCCACCCAAACGAAUGACCGGAAACAGCAUGACAAACAUGAGCGAAUUCGCCCAGCAAGCUACACAAAAACUGAGUCAGAUUCCAUGUAGGGCAUGUAUGAAGCCUGUGCAUGAUUUUGGAUUAUUGUGCCCGUUUUGCAAUUCGGCGGUGCACUUUACGUGCUACGAUCCACCGGAGGGCAGUACCAUCACCGAGUAUACGACAUCAUCUGGAGUGCAGAGGCUCGCGAUCAUGCGGUUCUCGCAUAUCUUGCCGGCAAGAAGAACGGAUCCAGAAGAGCCGCUCAGCAUCGCUGGGCAUAUUCUCCGAUGGGUCAACAUGUUCACUCUGAGCUUGUGCUUUGUCUGUCAAGAGCCAAUAUGGGGCGUAGCAAGACAGGGUCUCAUGUGCUCGGGGUGCCACCAAUGUGCCCAUUUCGAGUGUAUUCACAACUCAGAAGAUCGAGUGACCCCAGAAUGUGGAAAAAUCGUUCUUUCAGAAGCCACUUAUUCCAUCGACUGGUCCUUGUUGCGACGGAGCUUCGUGAACUAUUACCGCCCUAUUGUGCUCACGGAGCAACAACUGCACACUCAUUCUCACGAAACCGUCUCAAUCAUCUUGUGCCUACUUUGGCUUCAGCUUCAGCUGAUGAAUAACGGUAUUGCUGCUGCCUCGGUCACAAUCAACCAGGCAGUUCCUACUACCAGAGCAGCCAGAACGAACGGUGUGGAUGAAUUCGAGUUGCAGUAUCUCGUCCGGCUUUGCGAUGCAAUUUUACAGAAUAACACCCUUCAGAAGUCAGACGUCAUGAUGGACUACGGUAGAAUGGACGGCGCUGGGCCUGGACCACGAAUGCUUCUCUUUGACCCCUCUUUUCUGUAUUACAUGACAAGUCUUAUCAAGGGACCCAAGGGGAAACGGGAAGACUUGUCUGGGAGUCUGCUUCGUCCAGAGAUCCUUACUCCUACCAUCGAGGAGGAAGAAGGACAGCCAUAUGAGGUCACGGAGCUAGCUUAUGCAUACGAUGUUCUCGCACAGAAGCUGCUCAUCGACAUGGACUUCAUCGUUCAGCACACGCUCAGAUAUUUACAUCGACUCGGUUUGCUCGAACGGCUAGACUUAGCAGGUGAUCUUCUUGAUGGUACUGCUCCUGCACAACAACUGUGCAGAUUUCCUCUUCCGCUGGCCGUGGACCUUUCGAACAACGUGGAAACACUAUUUUCAGCGGUGGAAGGCUGUCUCACUGACGUGGACUUGAUGGUUAACGAAGCUGGGUUUUUGCUACUGAAGAGAUGCUGCCCCAACGGCUUAAUGUCGACCUAUGCUGUGGAACGACUUGUACGAGCGGUAUUGCAAUGGAUAAUGCGUGAAGACCGAAAUCUUCUCACUGUUGCAAGCGAUUACGUGUCUCAGAAAAAGCCCGCGCCAGGUAUUCGCACCGCAUUAGAUACUCAGCCAUGGCCUACGGCGACCGCAUUCAAGUCGCCAGCUAUUGUACAGGGUGGCACUAUGUCUGGAGGAAACGAAUAUCUUGCUUUCAGACGAGGUUUACUGGAAAAAUACGGUAUUCCAUGGCUAUUGCGUGCGCACACGCUCGACACAGCAGAGUACGUGAAGAUUCUUCACGAACACUGUCUUGCUACUGCGGCGGAAGAAACUGAAUCAUCAAGGCUGAUGGAUGCACUCUUUCUUUCGACGGAAAACAAGCAAGCCACACCCAAGAUAGAUGUAGCGUUUGCAGAUGCUACCUUACGCGCUUUCCUCAAGCUUUGUCAAUCUUCAGUGGUCUUUACGGCCUUUGAUGAACUGUUCAUGUUUUGGCUUGAUGAAAUCUCAAAUCAUGGGACGGACUUGCCUAUGGUGGUGCGAACAUUGCCUCGUCUCUUCCAGGCGGAGCCGGAAAAUGCCCGAAGAAGGACAGUCAUGGGUGAUGACCCACUUGAUCAAGAACCCUCCCUCAGCGACUUGAUUGACCCCUGGCGCUCUGUGACAUCAGUUGCUUCAGAAGGUGUCGAAGGAAUCGCGCGCUCAUUGAGAUGGGUCCUUCUCCUAGCCCAAUCCGGCGUCAAUAUACCCGAACUGACCUUCAAACAAAUUGCGGCUUUUGCUCGAGAUUUCCAAGCCCCGCUCGAUGUUCAGUUGUAUUUGGUACAUGCCAUAUUCGCCAGCAUCUGGAUCCGGUCAUUAAGGCGCCGAAACCUUGCUGUGCUCAUCGAAACUCUACUGGAACUCAAUGAGGCGGCUUUGAUAAGCUCUAUUAAGCAUAAAUCAUCCGAUCUAGUCGAAGCACCAUUCAUUCGGCUUAGCUUAGCUACUUUGCUAGCAUUGUUUGGGGUUGACCGUGAGAAGAUCGUGAACAGCGGGCUGGUGCGACAUGAAGAACAUGAAGUCCUAACCUCUCGCCGGCGAGCCGGUGGAAGGAUUCAUGGUCCUCCGGAACCUCUGUCUGUCUCUGACGCUUUUGUUGCGUUGCUGCUGCGACUCUCCCGCCUUGGCAGCGAGACCACGGCGUCUUACGUGAUGAACUUCCUUGGACUUCUGCUGACGGAGGCUACGCUGGUCUCGCAGUCCGAUCUUGACCUCUUCAUCAACAUCAAUAGCGAGUCAAUAUAUAGAAUCUUAUGGCAUUCUUUCACGUGGAAUUCGGCCCACAUGCCAGACCUUCGCCUCAAAUGUCUCCUCAAACUUCACACAGUGGAUGAUUUGUCCUUUGAGGCUUUAUUGGACGAAGUUUUCGAUCUCAAUCAGCCGUGGCAUACCAGGCUAGACAGCGCUGGAACUCUGUUUUCUCUCAUCCUCGAACUUAACAAUUGUGAUCCUGUUCAGCUCAAACCCCACUUACGACGGCGCCUGUCUGGCCUAUAUCGCCGCUUCUUUAGACUGGUUUGGGAAGAUGACCAAGAACUCGUUCGGUCGACCAUCGAAACCUUGGCAGAAAAUCUCCUUCCAUCUCACUGGGCUUUUAUUCAGUCCUCCUGGGACAAUUACCUUGAAAAUUGUGACGAUGCAAGAAAGGAACAAUUCGUGGGCUUUCUGCUCCGUUUGCACCCGUGUUUUCCAACUUGGUCUAUGGUAUCGAUUAGGUGUAUCGUCGAUGCCUUAGGGAAUGAUCGUAGCAUGUAUGAAGACCCUUCCAGCAUAUAUGACAACAUCAUCGACGUGACGGAGACGUCGGAUGCCAGCUCAAAUCCACGAACGCAGGCUAUGCUGGUGUCGUUGGCUCUUAACUUUAUUGCUCAUGGAGUAACGGUGGAUCCGGUUGAUCUCCUCAAGAUCAAAGUUUUUCUUGCCCGACAGGUUGGUUUCCCUCAAGCAAUAUUACGCAUUGCCGCGGAUGGCACAUGUCAUGUAGCGCUCGGGCCAGUAUUCGUGCCAAAUCCUGCUGAACAGGGACUUUCUUGCCUUGCAGCCGCCAAAUGUGUUCUAGAUGCCUCCACCAAAGCCAACGCGUCACCUUCAAUGCUAGGGGUUAACAUCACCUCCGAUCCAGCUAUCUCAUGUCUGGUCGGCACGCUUCUCGUUGACCUUGUCCUAGAUGCUGUGCGUAAGGCUUCAGAUUUUCGAACAAUGUCGCAUCUUGCUCUAAGAGCCUGGCUUGAAUGUCUCAUUAUUGUCAUCCUAAAGUAUGAUAUGCGGUCGCCAGUGCUGAGAAAUUUCGACACGGACCUCCGGGCAGCGGUGGCUCGCACCACAGAAAUAUUCUCCAUGGAUACUCCGUAUGAUAACCGACAAUUAGCGCUUACGGUCAACCAAUGCUACCUUAGAAAGUUCUCGGGAGAUGCAGCUGCCAUACUAACCCGUCAAAUCAAUGCUGUUGCAGACAUGUUGGGUUCUCUCGACUUCAACACCGAAGAUAUUCUCGUUGCUCAAGGCAAAGUGUUCUUGUCCUCAACUUUCAACAGAUUUCCAAAUAAUGGAUUAUUCGUCCUCCUCUUCAAAAAUGGUGAUGCUUCAGACAGUCUGCUUAAAGCAUUGAUGGUGACCCUGAAAGAUUGCUCCAAAGAUGGCAUAGACGGGCUACAGUUUGCUCUUCGCGAUGUCAUCGAGAAAGCAUUCACUCGCACCAGUCAUACUGAUUUCAACUUCAUUGUGAGGAAUCUGCACCGAUAUGUUGACAAGGUGUAUAUUCAGGGAUGGCCUCCUGAUCUCAUCACUGAGAUGGGCUUUUUCCUCUCAAACAUCUCCCGUCAUACUGCUGACUGGCCAUCGGAAGACUUCGAUGGGGAUCCCGCUAUCUCGGUGGUAACAAUCCUCGCAGAGCGCGAUCCGAGUAACAGCCGUGAACUCAUGGUGCAUACGGAGGUGUAUCUGCGUUGGGCCCUUCUGCGAUUUGACGUUCAAACACCGACUUUGCGUCGUCUUCUUAAAGCCGCUGAACUAGUGGCGUCUCAGCCGUCAAAAGGCCCACCUCCUACGAAGAACGACCCUUACCUUGCAGUCGCAGUGGUUGAAUCCCUGCGAGAUACUAUGAUGAUGAAGCCUCGUCCCACCCUCCUAACGGUACAUUCAAUGCUGGAGACUGCCCGAUCCAUCUCUAUAGAAGGACCACCUCUCAGUUUUUCCGUUCCUGAUCGUCUGGCGGCGGACUGCCUGAUCUAUAUCCAGUCUUUUCAUACGACUGCAGCGACUGGGUUAGGUACAACUGUCGGCAUUUUCUCCUAUGACUUGGCCUUUUCAGUCUGCGUCGAAGCCUCAACAAUCUUUCUCCUUGGAUUGCAGAGCCAGAGAGAUGCACUGCGGACAGCGUUUGGGGCCGGCGCUGGACAGGCAAUGGUGUCCAGAGCUGGCCAAGGGCUACGGAUGUGGGCAUUCUUUGCUCUGGCAGCCCUCUCCUUCUCGACGGAACGCCCUGAGCUCCAAACCGAACUCCGCAGAAGCUUAGCGCAGCAUGUCACGGAUUAUUGCUUCACCUUCGCCACUAUGAUGAACGAACUACACGAGAGUCUCCGAGAGGACAGAAACGACUUGAACGAUCUAUCCUACGCGCAUGCCUCAUUGAUCUUGUGGUUGUUGUUGACACAAUCCUCGGACGUUGGUGGACUCCAGGAGGCCACCCUAUGGUAUGGGAUAUGGCCAGCCUUGGAACAAGUGAUCAUCAAAUCGCACGGUCUCGGUGGUGGAACUUUGCAUAUUGCUGCUCAACAACUCUCCGACGUGUUUGUGGAUAUUGUCAUGUUCCUCUUGAGAUCCAACUCUCCUUUGGCCCUGAAGCAUGCGGCGACAUUUACGGGUCUGCUCUCCGAGAUGAAAGAAGUCAACGGACGUGCCCAAUCGAAGAUCGUGAAAUGUCUACAAUCAUUAUCUCAGCCUCCUUGCCGUGCGAAUCCUGGCGAACUGCUUUUCGAAGCACGGAGCACGCUGCUCGCUAACGAGAAAGUCACGAGUGCCUUCAUGUCUGAAUACCUCAGGAAUACCGUUUCACGCAAUCCUCGAACUGGACGACCUGCAUAGUCCCAUCCACAUCUAUCUUUGUUUACAUUCAAGCUAUAUUACAUGCACUGUACAUUAU